UAUAGAAUUAUAAUUCAGUGGUGAGUGCGGUGUUGCCAAUUUCUAUAAAGCCGAUAGAAAUAGUUUACACUUUCUGAUAAAUUUCAUCCAUUCGACACAAACAUGAGUGGUGGGGUGUAUGGUGGAGAUGAGGUCGGUGCAUUGGUGUUUGAUGUGGGCUCCUACUCUGUGAGAGGGGGGUAUGCUGGAGAGGAUUCACCUAAGGCUGAAUUCCCGACAACAGCCGGGUCGGUCGACUGCAAAGAUGAAGAAUCGAUGGACAUCGACGGUCAGACGCAACCGAUCAUCAAGGACGGAGCGAUAAAGAAGCGAUACGUUGUUGAUACGCCUUACCUGACGUUUGUUCGGGAGGGGAUGGAGCUUGGCACGCCACUCAAAGAUGGCAUGGUUGAAGACUGGGACAUGUUUCAGUCCGUUUUAGACCACGCCUACAAGAAAUACAUCAAGUCCGACCCCAGCCUACAUCCCGUGCUCAUGUCCGAACCUGCGUGGAACCUACGUCAGAAGAGAGAGAAGCUGACAGAGCUGAUGUUUGAGCAGUACAACAUUCCUGCCCUCUUCCUCUGCAAGAGUCCUGUUCUCUCUGCUUUUGCCAAUGGAAGAGCAACAGGCUUGGUUAUAGACAGUGGAGCAACUCACACCACAGCAGUGCCUGUUUAUGAAGGCUAUGUCAACCAAUCUGCCAUUGUAAAGAGUCCAUUGGGCGGAGACUUCAUCAGCAUGCAAUGUAAGGAAUUCUUUGAGGAUGAGAGGAUAGAAGUCGUCCCUGCCUACAGAAUAGCAUCUAAGGAGCCUGUGAAGGAGAGUGCGCCGGCUAAUUUCAAGGAGAAAGAACUUCCCAACGUCACCAAGUCAUGGAAGAACUACAUGAGCAAACUACUGAUACAAGACUUUCAGGCGGCCACUCUGCAAGUCAUGGAUUCACCAUAUGAUGAGGAAACUGCAGAACAGUUACCGGUAGAGGUUUAUGAAUUCCCUAACGGGUACAAUAGAGAGUUUGGUGAUGAGAGGUAUCGUAUUCCAGAGAAGCUCUUUGACACAUCACUGGUUAAGGGUGCUGAUGGCAGUAGUAUGCUGAGUAUGAGUCAUGUCGUGACGACCAGUGUGGGACUAUGCGAUGUAGAUAUUCGAGGAGCGCUGUUCAGCAAUGUGAUCGUGACUGGAGGCAACAGUUUAUUACGAGGGUUCACAGACAGGUUACAUAGAGAUCUACAAAGCAAAAUACCUGCAAAUAUGAAGCUGAAGUUGAUCUACUCCAGCACCAGUUCAUCAGAAAAGAGAUUCAGUUCAACAGAGAGAAGAUUCAGCGCAUGGAUAGGAGGCUCUAUACUAGCAUCACUGGGUACAUUCCAACAGAUGUGGAUUUCAAAGCAGGAAUACGAGGAACAAGGAAAGACAGUAGUUGACAAGAAAUGCCCAUGAAGCAGAUGAAACUCCUUGUUUGAAAACUCCAAGAGGAUGCACCUAAAAUAUUGAAGCUUGGUUACAAUUGGCAGAUUCUGUGAACUACAUCAUUGAUAUGUACAAUCAGUAGGGUAGAACUUUUGUCUUAGCGUCCUGUACAUUCUACAUGGAAUCGCUCAGUUACUUGGUCAGAUCACUGCAUUCUAAGUUUAGCAGUUAGUUAUGUAUCAGAUGACAGUGCUAAUCAUUGUGCUUGUAACAAGUUGCGCAUCUCCGAAAUAUAUGCUUGAUACACAGUAGACCCACAUGCUUGUUUUGUUUGCUGGGUUUGUUCAAUCGCAUCAAUUUGUGCUGUAAUCACUGAUAGCAAGUUUCUUUCAUGGAAAUAAGAUGAAACAGAGAAGAAAAAACCAGAUUUAUAAAACAGGGCCUUGAUGUACAAUUUCUGAUGGUCUCGUUUUGUUUACAAAUUCUCUUUGAUAUUUCAGGUUCAUCCUUCGGAACAACUUUGUGAAUUAUGUAUGUCGUGUAGAUAUGUAAAUACAUUUUUGUACUGUAGUAGAAAAAAUAAAAUAAAAAUCAUCCUUGACUAAAUUAUUCAGUUUGUAUACACAAGCAUAGCGAGUGAUUGGAGGGUCUGAAUUAUCUGGUCUGUAGACUAUCACUACAUAGGCCCUGUGUUGUAGUUAUGACAGCUAGAGUUAGGCUUGGGUAAUGUCACUAUAAUUUAUUUCUCUAUUGGCAAAGUAGGCUCUGAUAUCGUAAGCUCAAACUCAUUUUCUCUUUUUUUUUCUAAUAAGAAUAAGUGAUGAUUGACUUUUUUCUAAAGCCUGACUGACUGCGUUAAGAAAAUAAGUACACGUUCAUCAUAUAUGUUCUAAUUUAAAAUAAACAGCCAGUUGACACAUGGCAUUAAGGUAUAAUCAGAGAGAUAUGGUUGUUAAGAAUAAUUCCUUGUCAAAUGGAAAUAGCUCAUUGGCUUGGUUUUGAACUGAGGACCUCCUUUUAUGAGUCCAAUGAACUACCAACUGGCCCAUGACAGCCUUUGUGUUAAAAUACUUCCCUGAAAACUCUUUUCUGUAUACAACUCGGUUGUAUUAAUGUAAAACUACGUUUCAAGUUUUGUAAUAUGUUUCUUUAUGUUUUUCCUUUCUGUUUAUUCUGAUUGUAUCAAAA